AUGUUUCGUAUCGCUGGACUCAAGGCCGGUGGGGCAACGCUCGUAAUCGAUGUCGCCAAGGCACUCAUCGCCGCGCUUGUUGGCCGAUGGGUCGACGGCAUCACGCUCGCGGCCUGGUGCGGAGCGGCCGCCGUUGUGGGUCACAUCUUUCCGCUCCUGCGAAAGAGCCGCGGCGGCAAGGGAGUUGCCUGCUUUGGUGGCAUGACCAUCGGUACGUGGCCAAUCUUGGCUCCGAUCGCACUGGUCGUAUGGAUCGGCAGCGCCAAGUUGUCUGGACACUCGUUUGUGGGGGCGAUGAUCGGCACACCCACUGUGGCUGUGGGGACCAUGGUGAUGGGCCGGCCGGCAGCGGAAAUACUCAUUGCGUGGGCAAUGACGCUACUGAUCAUCGCCCGGCAUCACCAGAACAUCAGCGACUACAUCGCCGCUCAGCGCAUGGGCUAG